AUAAAUUUUAUUUUGAAAGAAUGUGUUUUAUGUUGGAGUGAAAAAAAUGGAGUGAAUUGUGAUUAAAUAUUAAGCAUUGUUAUUUUUUCCUAAUUAAAUAAUUUGUGUUGAAAAUGGAAGUGUCGAUGAAACCAGGACGAUAUGGCUGUACUUUGAUAAUGCUAAUAUGUCUUCUAGUUAUGGAUAUGUGUAUUAAUUCAAUUGCAAAUUAUUAUAAAUGGAAUCAAAUUAAAUUGCUUGUAUUAUUUGUUACUCAAGAUGCUGGAAUUCUAUUAGCAUUAAUCGUACUUCUAUUAUCAUUUUUUCAAACGUAUAUGUUCAAAGUUGGCUUAAUCAAAUUAUUAUUUGAACGAUUUAUGUCUACAAUUGUUAUAUGCGUCAUAUACUUUAUGUUAUCAGUGGGUUUACAUGUAUGGAUCUUGGCUGAUCGAUGGGAUAAUCCAACGGAACGUUAUUAUUGGAAAGAUUUGAUGCUUGUAUUGUUUGGCAUACAAAGAUUUGUGAGUCCAUUCUAUUAUUAUUUUUGUAAACGGGCUGGUCUACGCAUAAGUGAUCCCAGAUUUUAUGAAGACCAAUAUUGGAUUGCUGAACAAUUAAAGAAAUGUCCAAACAAGUGAAGGAAUUCAUGGAUUGGAAAAAUUCUUUAAAGAAUUUUUGAUGUUUGUUGUCUCUUAUCCUCUCUUAAAUGUGAAUUCAAGAGUCUCAAAAAAAAAAAUGUUUCUCUG